AUGUAAAGAAAAAAGAGAGGUUUGUAUUUUAUAGAAUAGAUACUUGAUUAUAAAUAAUACAAUAAUUAGAAAUAUUAUCUUGUUAAAUGGUAAGGAUAUAAUAAUAGAGAUUGCACUUGGGAAAAACCAGAAAAGAUACCAAAUAUAGCUUAAUUUUUGCAUUAAUUUGAAGAGAAUGUAAAAUAAUAUGGAUCAAAUUUUUAUCAUAUUGAGAAUGAUGAACCACCUUAAUUAGAAGAUUUUAUUGGGGUACCAAGUCUAUCAAAAUAAAAUUCAUAUGAAUAUCAAUAAGAAUAAAUAAAAAGAUUACAAAUUUAGAUAGAUGAAUUAAAGUCAGAAAUUGAUCAAAUGAAGAAAUAAUAAGAUGAAAUAAUUUAGUUAAUAAAUAUUUCUUAAUAGACUGAAAAAUGCUCAUAACCUAAUUAAUAACAGGAUUAUGAAAUUAUUUAAGAAUCUACAUCAGAAUAAUCUCAGAAAUACACUGAAAUAAAAUAACAAAGUGAAGGUGGAUAUGAAUUUGGAGAUUAAUUAGAUAAAAUUGGUCAAGCAGUUUAAAUUAAAGAUAAAGGUGAUAAGAUGUAUUAUAUAUUAUGGUAAAAAAGACCUAAUGGUAAUUAUGAUUUUAAUUAAGUUUAGGGAUUAUUCCAAAAAAUAGAUGGGUCAAUAGUGAAUAUCUUAUGAAACAUGAUAUAAAGGCAUUGUGUUAAUAUCUUCAAAAAAAAUUAUAAUGA